CACAUAAUAGACAAUAGAAAACGACUUACGUUACGUCAAAAACAAGUUCUUCGGAAUCUGUCAGUCCGAUGACUGUACAUUCAGUGUAUCCGCCUUAAAAUUAAUCAGUUUAUAGUUAUUAAAAAGUAAAGCAGAUUCAACAUGGCCCAAGUACAAGCUUUAUAUGACUUUACUGGUGAACCAGGCACCACUGAGAUGUCAAUCACAACAGGAGAAGUGCUGACACUGUUGAACACUGAAAUUGGCGAAGGUUGGUGGGAAGGCCAGAAUGCUCAAGGUCAAACUGGGCUUUUUCCUGCCGCUUAUGUGAAAAAGGUGGAUGAACCAAUAUCUACACAAACUAAAACAGCCCCAGCUGCACCAAGAUAUGACCAAGCAAAUGAUGACUGGGGUGACACUAACUACCAACGCAACCCUUCACAAGAAGACGGUUGGGAUGACGACUGGGAUGAUGAUACUUACUCUGAAAUUGGUCCUAGUGCUCAGCAACAGAAACAGUAUAACCAUCAGACACCCUUAGCACCGCUGCCUGGAAUGCCCAUUAAUGAGUACAAUCAGAAUAUUGAUGACACUGCAUCUACUUUCAGCUCAACGGUAGGAACUGUAAGAAAAAAUAAAUUUGCCCCAUCUUCCAAAGUAAGCGGAGAAAGCUACCUCCUGGCAACCCUUAAUGUGGAAGUGCCCGACUCAGAAAAAGUAUACAUAGUACAAAACGAAGAAGGUUAUGUGUGGUCUCCCAUCACUCAACCCUAUUAUGUCACUGUGGCUUCUCCUAAGAAAGAGUCAAAAUUCAAGGGUAUAAAAAGCUUCAUUGCAUAUCAAUUGACUCCUUCAUUUAAUAAUAUUCAAGUGUCCAGAAGGUACAAACACUUUGACUGGCUUCAUGAAAGAUUGCAAGAGAAGUUCACACUGAUCCCCAUCCCGCCUCUUCCAGACAAACAGAUCUCUGGUAGAUAUGAUGAACAGCUAAUUGAGCGCAGAAGAGUACAACUGCAAGAGUUUGUAGACUGGAUGUGCAAGCAUCCUGUGCUCUCAAAAUGUGAAGUCUGGCAACACUUCCUCACAUGCACUGAUGAGAAGCGCUGGAAAGCCGGCAAGCGACAGGCAGAGAAAGAUAUUUUGAUAGGCCUCAAUUACUGCAUAUCUCUGGUCGUUCCAGAAAAAGCUUUGUUGCAAUCCCAUGUAGACCAGAUAACAGAACAGUCCCACACUUUUUUUGCUAGCAUGGAUUCCUCUGUCAAAUUCCUUACAAACAUGAGUGUUGCACAAAGCAAAAAGUUCCAGAGUCAGUAUAAGAUUGAUUGUCAGAAAGUGGGUGAAGCAUUUUACAAUUUGGGUAAUGCUCUCAGUCUGGAUGAAGGAUCAGUAGUUUCCACCUCCAAACUGACAUCUGCUAUUAAGAUGACUGGCGGAGCUUACAUAGAGAUUGGUAGAAUGUAUGAUGAACAACCUAAAUAUGAUUGGGACCCAUUGGGUGAUAAAUUCCAUCUAUAUAAAGGUAUUGUAGAGCUUCCCGAUGCGUUAGCCAAUCACAAAGGAGCCGUUGCAAAGAAACGAGAAUGUGAAAAACUUACUGCGGAACACAAAAUGGAAGUUGCACAGCUCAAUGAAGUAUUAAGAAGGACUGAUGUUAUUUCGUAUGCGCUUCUUGCCGAGAUUAAUCAUUUUAAAGCAGAACGGACAAUUGACUUGAAGGCCACAAUGCAAAAAUUCUUGACGCAACAGAUCACAUUUUACAAAAAGAUUGUUGACAAGUUAGAGAGCACAUUGCACCAGUUUGAUGACUAGGAUUUGACUUCGGUUGAAUGUGAGAAACAUUGCGUACAUAAUGUUCUAAGAACUUUUUAAUCAUGUUAAUAAUAUUAAACACGAACUACAAGUAUUAAAUGUUUGUAGAGAUGCAUUUGUUAUAGAAAAUCCAAAGGAAGGGUGCGAGACUACAAUUAAGUGAAUAAAUGAAUUUAUAAUGUAUUGAAUGUGAUGCAAUUGUGGACUGAACUAACUAUAAUAAUAUCUGUAUGGUAAAUCAAUUGAGUUCUUUGUACAUAUAACUAUUAAAGUUAAUUAUUUUAUAUCAAUAAUUUGUGAUAUGAUAUUUUUUAUCAAUUUAUGUAUACCGAUUUCAUACUGUACUGAAUUGCUACGAAUCAAUUAUUUUGAGACAUAUUUUGUAUCUAAUUUAGAAUAAGUAUUGUAUUAUAUCCCAUUCCAUU